AGCGCGAGUUUUAAAACAUGGCGUAUUAUUGCAGAAGUUCUGUCGUUGAAAUCGUUCAAAUAUUUGGCCGUUUCGAUCGGAAAGAUAGAUGUGAGACAAUUUAAAACAUGCCGCCUAGAAGGAAGAGAAUUCGAAGUGAUGAUAGCGAAAAUAGCACAGUUGAUAGUAGAGGCAUAUCAAGUGGUUCUGAUAAACAAAAUGCUAAAAACAGUCGACAUCAGACUAAGAAAAUAAACUCUGAAGAUUAUGAUGGUGAUUGUGAACUUGACCAGCCAGGAAAAAACCGCAUCACGCGAACUGCCACCAGGUCCAGAAAUCCCAAACAGAAGCUCACAAACAGCUUUGAAAACGACAGUUCUAGUUCAACACCUGUUGCCGGAAUGGAAGGAAUGGAUGUUGAUCAAGAAAUGCUUGGUCUUGAACGUUUUGUCACACCCAUACCCAUAUCACCAGUUCCUCAUUAUCGUAGCACACCCCACAGUUUGACGCCAGAUAUUCCUGCUACCAAAGGAAAGGUCAAGUCGGUUGCCAUGGCAACACCAAAACCACUCUUCAACACACCAGCUGAAAAACCGGGAAAGAAAUUUAAACGUAAAAGAGUAGCGAAAUAUCGACUUGCACAAUCGCAGAAUCAUCCAAAAUUGGUGACGGAAAAUGAAGCAUUGAUGAUUGCUCAUUUUAAUGAUAUUGAGGAUCAUGAACUGCUGGUUGAAUAAAGACAAGUCUGACAAAUGUAAAUAUAAGUAUUGGUCAUAUCAAAUAUUGAAUUAUGUUUGGUAAUAUGUAUAUAUAUAGUGAUUGGUUAUUAUGAAAUGAAACUGUUGAGAAAUUGAAAUUUGGACUGUAUUUGUAUAUUUAUGCUUUAAUUGUGAUUGUGUUAGAUAGUCAGUCGAUGAUUUCUGUUAUGCUUCAGUGAUAUAUAUAGGGCAAGACAUUAAUGGUUGGGUCAGGUUGAGGUGCUAAUUAAUAUCCCUGAUUAUGUCAUGUGUGACAAUGUUUUGUUGAUAACCAAUUAGCCAUUCUGAGGUUGCAAUAGUGGACUGGUACUAGUGGUAUUGACAAUGCACCAUGGGACUGUUUUAGGGUCUAGGGAUGAUCAUUUGUUUUCAAAAUCUGUCUCUUGAGACAUUGUCAAACUUUGAUUAUCAGCAGACGUCUACUGCAACUUUGUAAUGGCUAAAUGCCAG